CAUUGAGUAGACGGAGCCCCUCGGCUCUUCCCUUUGAUCAAGAACCAUCCAGUCAUUGCGGACUGCCUGUUGUCACAGGUUGGAAGCGAUGAUAUUCGAGAGACAGACCGUCUAUUGUCAAGCUCCAGAUACGCCAGCCGCUGUACACACUAUGGCCCCUUCCGACCUCUCGAGCACCAUGGCUUCUCACAUAGAAGUUGACGAACCACAGGAUGUGCAGCGUACAGCGAGAUCAGUACAGGGUCUGCUGAUGAAUAUCUGGACCACAUCAGACGACAUGCCAAGCACUGGAGUCGACUUCUUCAAGAGCAUUGAUACCUUGCCCAAAGCCUUCGCCACUUAUGAGACCAAAGACCAGCAGUGGAAGGCCGUUGAAGAGCUUGCAGAUCCCUACCUCACGAAAGCUUGGCAGCGAGCUACUUCUUUCCAGUUGCCACCUUACUGGACCUGGACGGAGCGGUGCCUGGAUGACUGGCUUCGCCUCGUUAACUACCCGACUCUAAACGCUGUCUUCUUUGACGGCGAGCGAACAGGUGCCAUUGCCUCCUCCUCAAACGAGCUCUGGCCUACGCAAGGUGAAGACAGCAUUCCUCAGGCGCUAGAUCCGAAUGCUGGCCUCCUUCCAUGUCCUGCCCCCAGAAUGCAGGUGACUUAUGGCUUGCCUUACAGUCGACGGGCGGACUUGUAUCGUCUCGAAGAGCAUGACCCAGCUCGAUGGCAUCCGCUCUCUUGGAACGCCCUCGAUCAGCUACGACAGCAUCACUCGUCCUCGUUCGAAUUCAGUCCACGCUCAAGUGACGGUAAGGAUGGACUAUUGUUUCCAGGAAUCAUCUACGUAGCACACGCAUCGGAGGCUGACGUUUGCAAAGCGGGACUUCAAGCGGCCGCUGCAGCUGCUAGGGCGCUACAGCUCAUGGAGAAUCUUGUGAGCACCGCUGAGCUGUUGUCGAGCAGCCCUGUUGUUGCUGUCAUGGUAUCCGCAGGACCCCUCUGGCGACUUUUCUUUGCGACAUCUACGCCAUUCUGCGAGACAGAAACGCGAUAUGACAUGUAUCGAAGUCGAAAGCUCGAUCUCUACAUCGACGAUCUCGGUGACCGACUCCGUCUUUUUGUCAUCUUGGGGCACCUCGAACGUUGGCUACGCGAGAUACAUAGUCCCUGGAUACGUCGACAUGUUGAAGCGCUUUGGACCUCUCACCUCGGAGUCACCCUCGGAAUAACAGAGGAUGAGAGCUCGGAGGACGAGAGCGAGUCUGUCCAGCAUCUGGACCAGGAAGCUUCGGAUUCUGAGGAUUUGUACGUGGAAGAAGCGUGCGCCUCCGAAGCAGGGAGCUCGGAAGCAGAGGACUGGGAUCCCGACGCCUGGGCUUAUGAUCCAGACGAGGUUGAAGACUGGGUGGAGGAGGCUCAGUACGCUGGCAAAGAAGCGCCCGAACCUCCUCCUUGGUGAUAGGCGCAAAGGGGCAUUCUCUUCUCUGUUCCUCUGCAGAAGCGCUCUCCCUAGAUGACGCCGCCAGGUCAACCCUGUGUGUCAGCGAGUGUCAAGUGUGUUGCGCCCUCUUCACGUCUUCCGACUACUCCUUUGAGUACAGCAUGUCCCAACACAUGUCAUCUAUCGACGAAGAUGUUU